GACAAUGCCUUUCUCUUCCAAUUGCCUUCUUUCCAUCCACUCUGCUGGUUCUCUUUGCCUGUCGCUGUGUUCUUUCGUCCUUGCUACCCUUUGACCCUCGGCGCCUCAAUUUAUAAUCAUUGUGACAUUCAUCCUUCAAAGCUCCAGAAAGCUCAGACCAUAAGUUAAAGUACCCUUGGAGUUUCGUCCGCCGAACAACCCCUCAACACGACCAGGAGGUAUUAUUUACUUGGCCUUUCCCCCAAAUUGUCUGAAUCGCAAUACCUUUCCUGGCUCUUCCAACUCGUUAUUAGAUCUCAUCUCAUCUCAGCUCAGCUCAGCUCAUCUCAUCUCAUCUCAUCUCAGUACAUAGUCAAUUUAUUCGCCAUCAGGCCACCGAGCCUUCAGGAUCCACGAGCAGCGCCCCAGUCACAAAGAAAUCUCGGCACCCAAUACAUGACCUGCAUUCGAGAAUUCCAUCAAGCGGGAUCUCACAAACUCCGAGUCCCUGUCGACUGCCCCAAGAAGCUCAUACGAAUACGAGUCAAUACGAAUCAACAUCGACUUGGAUGAUUUAACGGGGACCUGCUAAACGACUCUGAUUACUUGCGCCCCUUCUUCCAAGUCGACUUGAUUACUAUGCGAUAGUCAACGAUGAUGGAUUCUAUGCACCAUGACACCAAUACUUUCAUGCCCCAGAUUUCGGCACCGCCCAUAUUGAACCCUCCGCCUCAAAUAUUUGGGGCUUACAAUGCAGAUGGGUUACCAAUCUCGGCAUUACCUGAUUUGAAUGGUCCGAUUUUUGGCGAUGGAACCCUUCUCGAUGAAAGCAACGAGGCAAAGCGGAGGAGGAUAGCGAGGGCUUGUGAUAUGUGCCGGAAGAAGAAGAUCAAGUGUGAUGGAAAAUUACCAGCUUGCACGCAUUGCAUCAACUACAAAACAGAAUGUGUCUUUACGCAGGUCGAGAAGAAGAGGAACCCUCCAAAGGGAGCGAAAUAUAUCGAAGGCCUCGAGAAUCGUCUAGGUCGCAUGGAAAGUCUGCUGAAGCUAUCUGGCCUCCUUAGCGAAGAAGAUGGUGGACGAACGGAUCUGGGAACAUUGGAGAAGCUAUUACAGGAAAAGAAUCUUUCGCGUAGAGCAUCUGCCGUUCCUGCUUCAAGCGCAACGUCUCCGACUCAAAGUACCCCAGGUGGUCCGCCCGAAGCGAAUGGAUCGACCCCCAAGAGUACUAUAGCAUCGCCGGAACCAAAUAAAGACUCCGAGAAGCGUAACAGUAAAGGCAGUCAAAAUGGGGAGACUGAUGAAAAGGGGGAGCCUGUCGAGGCGCUUUCAGAUAUGAUGUGCUCCUUAAUCACAAAUAAUUGUGGAGAAACAAGAUACAUAGGGUCAUCUUCUGGGUUCUCCAUAUUUUCACCAAAGGGUAUCUCAUGGGUUAAUGAGAAGACAGGCGAUUCUUCCUUUCAAGAAAUGAUAUCUUCUGCCUCCGUGGACGACAAUAAGAUGAUGUAUUGGAAGCCAGAGAUAUUCUCGGAUUUGUUCGCACGACCGAUAUGGAGGCAACUUCCUCCUAAAAACGAGUGCGUUUCUUUACUCAAGGACUUUUUUGAAAAUUUUAAUUGCAUGUUUCCCCUAUUUCAUCAACCUACUUUCAUGCAUUUGGUCGAUCGACAAUACUCUAGUGACCCUUAUGAAGGCUCCGGAUGGUGGGCAAGUCUCAACUGUGCCCUUGCCAUUGCUCAUCGUCUCCGUGUCAUGAGUCAUCUCGUGCCACAAGAAGAAGACACAAAAGCUUGGGGCUACCUCAAAAACGCCUUGGGUGUUUUCACUGAGCUCACGAUGCGGAAUACUGAUUUACUUAGCGUACAAGCUUUGUUGGGAAUGGCUUUGUUUAUGCAAGGUACACCAAAUCCACAGCCUUCCUUCUUUCUUGUAGCAGCCGCCAUUCGACUUUCACACAGUAUUGGUCUUCACAAACGUGGAUCUGGCUUCAACCUCAAUCCAGUUGAGAUUGAGCAACGCAAACGUGUAUUUUGGAUAGGAUACAUGCUAGACAAAGAUAUCUGCUUGCGCUCAGGAAGACCUCCCGCACAGGAUGAUGAUGACAUGCAUGUUGAAUUACCGAGCGCUGACCCCGAAGAUAACAUUGGUAAUAUCCCUCUAGCCGAUGGAAAAGGAAAAGUUAACCUCUUCCGCUUAAUGUGUGAAUUUUCAACCAUUGAGAGCAAAGUAUACAGACAGCUUUAUUCGACUAAAGCUUCAAAACAAUCAGAUGGAGAGCUUCUAAAUACCAUAGGGGAGCUUGAUUCUCAACUUGAAGAAUGGAAAGACAGUAUCCCAGUUGACUUCCGUCCAGAGCACGAGAUCAAGGCUUCGCAUACCCCACUAAUUCUCCACGUCGUUGUUCUUCAUUUCGCUUACUAUAAUUGCCUCACUACAAUCCACCGAAUGUCUGUUCAUCACGGAUACUGGACUAGCCGUCUUUCUAACUAUGCCAUUCAAGGUCUCAAUGCCAGGCCACUAAAUCCUCGUGUCUUUUCUUCGGCCGCACUGUGUGUAUCUGCUGCUCGCGCUUCCAUACAUCUUAUCAAAUAUGUUCCCCAAGGCGACUUCGCUUGUGUUUGGCUCAUACUCUACUUCCCCGUUUCCGCGCUUGUAACACUCUUCGGUAAUAUUCUACAAAAUCCUCAAGAUCCCCGAGCACGUUCUGAUGUUCGCCUCAUGAACCUUGUUGUCAACUUCCUUUCUAUGUUGAGGACCGAGGAAGAAAAUGGAGGUGUAAAACGUAUGCUUGGAGUUUGCUCAGAGUUCGAGAGAAUAGCGAAAGUCGUUUUGGACAAAGCUGAAAAGGAGACAUCUUCAAGAAGAAAACGAAAGAGUGGCGAUGAUUCGACCAAAGCGUCACAUAUGCCCAGGGCUGGUCAACCACAAACCCCUAUGAGCCACCCUCGAUCCCCCAUGCCUGGAGUCUUCUCUCCUAACUCUACAAACCAAAUGAAUUUUCAGAACGGGUUUAGCCCCAUGCAAGGAGCUUCUCCGAGCUCUAAUUGGCAAUCUGACUAUGGUCCUUCUGGGGGCGAUUUUAUGGGACAAAAUACGGGGACACCAUUCGGGAGUGUUCAAGGCUUUACAAAUGGAAAUGAGUUCAACUCUCCAUUAAAUCUAAAUGCUUUCCAACAACCUUUUGUUCCUCAGGACCUCUGGCAGAUGCCAAUGACCCUUGAAUGGGACUGGGCAGAGAUGACAGGGGGCGCAUAUCAAAGUUUCGAAAAUGGCGUCGUGGGAGACCCCAAUCUUCAUAUGAGCGACAAUUCAAAUCUACAAAAUCAAGGUGGGGGAAUGUAAGCGAAGGAUUUUGGCGUUCUCAUCUAGGGAGAUAUUUGGAGAUCAAGGUGUUAUGAGAGUACAGGGCAUAGGAGAGGGUUACAUCUGGUACAAAUUAAGGGCUCAUAGCACUCGCUUUGCAUGAUGGUUAGGGCGCUUUCUGGGAGGAUUCGGCUGGCUUGGGUAUGGUUACCUUUAGCUAUACAAGAGGUUCAUAGGGAUGGGUGUAAAUUAGUACUCUCCUCAGAUCAUGUUACUGCAAGGCUUUAUUAUGCCCAACCAAUGUAUUUUAAUGACUUGCCUUGAAUUGCUUAACAUGAGCUUGUACUAUUAUAUUUGAACUACAUGAAUGUAAAACAAUAAAAGUUAGAUAGUUAUUUCAAUAUUAUUCUUAUGAUCCA